GCACGCUCCCACGCUUCUCCCACCAUCUCCCUCCAUCCCGGCACCACCACCAAGGCAGCACACCAACCCACCACCCUCCUCCACCGCCCCUGCCCACGCGCAUCGCAAUGGCUGCCACCGAAGCGGCAGCAGCAGACACCGAAGCGGCGGCCGCCGGCGGCACCGGCGACCAGCUGCUCUUCGCCGGCGGGUGCGACGACAGCGCCUGCUCCACGCCGUUCGUCAGCGCGCCGUCCAGCCCCUCCCGGGACCGGGAGCCGUACCACCACGCCGCCUGCUUCUACAGCGCUCCCGCCAGCCCCACCCGCGGCGGCGGCGCCAAGGACUUCGCCGGCGGCGGCGUCCUCGACUUCGACUUCGACUUCUCGUCCCGCUUCCCGUCGCCGUCCGCCGCGGCCAUGUCGUCCGCCGACGAGCUCUUCUGCAACGGCCAGAUCCGCCCCGUCCGCCUCGCCGCCGCGCUGCUCCAGCCCCAGCAGCCCCACGCGGACCAGCCGCUCGGUCCCGGCGUCGCGGCGGAGGAGGAUGGCGUCGGCGGCGGCCUUGACGCCGUGCCCGACGAGCGCGGCCGCUUCCGGGGCCGGUCGGUUCGGCGCAAGGCGCGGUCCAUGUCCCCGUUCCGCACGCACUGGAGGAGGUCGCCGGCUCCAGCUCCUCAGACGCCGCCGCCGGAGACCGAAUCGGCGGACGAGCCUGUGGAGGCGGUGACCCCCGCGGCGUCGCGCUCGUCGUCGUCCUCGUCCACCGCGUCCUCCGCCUCGUCGGCCUCGUCCUCGUCCUCCCGUGGCGGCUCACGCCGCUGGGGCGGGUUCCUCAAGGACCUCCUCCACCGGAGCAAGUCCGAUGGCGGCAAGACCCAACAUUCUCACCUUCCUGUGGGUCCAGCCACGCCAACCUCCCCGUCUCCAGGCGCGGCGCCGAAGAGGAGCCCGUCGCCGUCCCCGUCUCCGGGGGCAGCGAGGAGCACCGGCACAGGCCACCGCGGCGGGCGUCGGAGAUCCGCGCACGAGCGGCUGUACGAGGCACGGCGUGCCGAGGCGGAGGAGAUGCGGCGGCGCACGAACCUGCCGUACCGGCAGGGCUUCCUCCUCUUCGGCUGCAUCGGGCUCGGCCACCGCAACUACGGCGCCGUCCACGGCCUCGCCCGCGGCCUCAACGCCGCCGCCGCCGUCUCCUCCAGGUCGUGACUCGCGACCUCGGCCACGGUGGCGUCCCGGCCUCCGUUCUCGGAGCUCCGCUCACCUCAGCUUCCUCCCAGUCGCUCUCUGUGUGGUUGGGAGUGUUCAGUGGUGAAUCUAGUGUCUCAGCAAGUGCAAAAAAUGCAUAGAAAGUAGCUAGUAGAUGUUCUUUUGCGUCGCAAUCUACUCCACAUAGCUUGGUGUAAGGAUUUUGGGGUGAUGUAAACCAGCUCGUUCAUCCAGUGAAAAAUUAGUGGAAAAUGUUAGUACUGUCACUUAUUCAUUUCUCUGUUCAUUUCUCUGCAACCUGAAGAAUUGAUGCUUCACCAUA